UCUUUGUUCGACUCGUUCAUUACCUUUGGGAAGCCCAUCGUAGCAGCUGUAAAUGGCCCGGCGUUUGGCGGCGGCGUGACCCAGGCCACUCUCUGCGACAGCGUGGUCUCCUCGCGACACGCUACCUGCUCGCUACCGUUUUCUCAAUGGCGGGUGUCCCCGGAAGGCUGUUCAUCUGUACAUGUCGCCCGCGUCGUUGGCAUAGUCGAGGCGCGGAGGAUGCUCGCGGGCGGGUGGAUCCCCGACGCAGAUGAAGCCAAACUCAUUGGCCUGGUUGCCGAGGUUUCGGACGCUUCGAUUCUUCUCGACGUGGCUGAUAAAAGGGUCCAAAACCUCAUAUCUGAACAUCGC